GCACACAGUCAGAGGACCCCAAGGCAACAACACGAGAUUGAAAAAGGAAUAUUUUCUUUUAAUUUGUUUUAAUAAUUAUUAGCAGGGGGCUACUCCAACCGAGUGAGUGUUUAAUGUUGUGUAAACUCCUGACGGUAGCAGCAAACCGUUUCCUCCUGUGACAGCCGUGUAGACUGCAGGGAUGAAGUCCAAGAAGAAGAAGAGACAGGACGACUUCCAGAAGGUCAAGUUAAAAGUGGGAAAGACAAAGCCCAAAGCUGAUAACGCCACCAACACCAACUUCCGCACGAAGGGAAUCCAUCUAACUGAGCAGCUGAAGAGAGACACGAGUGGCCCCACCACACACAGGCAGCUUGGAAUCAACGACCUCCUGUCCCAGCUCCACCAUUACAAUGCCAAUGUGAAGAAUAGUGCCUUGUUGGGUUUGAGAGAGCUGCUGUCCCUGAGUCCGUCUCUGUUGGAGCAGCAUCUCUCUCGCCUGCUUUCUGAAGUGGCAGCUGUUUUCACAGACAAGGAUGGCAACGUUCGUGUGGCAGCGACACGUGUGCUCAGGUUCAUCGCACAGUCUGUGCCUGCAGAACGAGUGGCUCCAUUUUUCCCCCUCCUCAGUGCCCACCUGUCUUGUGCCAUGAGCCACAUCGAGACAGGCAUCCAGGAGGACGCCAUGAAGGUCCUCGACGUGUUGCUGGAACACUACCCUGCUCUGCUAGCGGCACGGCCUGCAGUACUCCUCACCGACUUCCUGGAGUUGAUCUCUCACAGGCAAAUUAGUGGAGGAGCCAAAAAGAAGAACCAGGAUGUGAAGGGACGGACCUGGGCGCUGUCAGUGAACCCCAGCAGGGCUGUGACCAGUCAGCAGUGGCGGCUCUCGGUGCUCCUCAGGCUCGGGCGCUUUCUGCAGGCAGUAGUUGAAGAAAGUGAUAUUUCAGUCCCAACUGAAGGAGUGUUUGGCUCCAGUGAAGAGGGCCGGCUUACACCUCUGUCCCUUAACUGGGAAGAGCUCGCCUACAGCAAGGUCGGAGUUAAGGUGUAUGAGCAUUCUGGGUCCAAACCAACUCCACGGUCCACCUUCAGACUCAGACCGGAGGUGGACACUGGACCUGCAGUGGGUGAGGGUCUGGACUCAGCUGAGGCGGUCCAGAGCUUUGCAGCCACACUGGUGCCUCUUCUGCUGGAAGUGUGGGUAGAAGCCAGUACCAGCGACUGUCCCUCGAACACCACAGAGGGCGCUCACCUGCUGAGCCCCGAUGCCAUGUCAGUCAUGUUCCAGGUGUUGUCUAUUCUGCAGCUGCUGAGGAAACUGGCCCCACAGCAGGAGCACCAGGAUGCACUGGAUGCUUGGUUCUAUAAAGAAUACCUGGGAGAUUUUAAGCAGCACUUCAUGAAAAACUUUCCCUACGAUUCUCUGGACACACCCAAACAUAAAAAGAAGGUCGAUCUAAAAAGGAGUAAGCAGACCGCAGCCGUCCCAGGAUUAACAGUGGAGCCUCUGGCCCUCAACAUCACGCUUUGCCAGGUCAUGGUGUCCCUCAGCCAGAGGCAAGGACUCGGCCGAGAGACAGACGGAGACUGGCUGUCGCCUCUGAGGACAUUUGUGCGAGACACUCUGGGCAGCGGAGUGAAACUGAGCUACAGGCAGCUCCACAUGCUGCUCGGUACUGUGUGGAAGAUGGUGCUUACGCAGAGGAGCAAAACAGUGACAGAGGACCUGUUGGCAGCAGUUUAUGUUUACUACAAGCACAGGCACCUGACUCUACACACAAGAUCUCUGCUGCUGUCUUUCUACAGCAAGCUCUACCUGCAGGAGCAGGGACAUACACACAUAGCAAGGAGUAAGGUGCUGUGUCGUUGGUUGGCCUCUCUUCCUGUGCAGUUGUCCCAGCUGGGCCACCGUAACCCGGCUCUCUCUGCACGACUCAUCUUGUCCAUCCAGGCUGCUGCCUCUCGAGGACACAAAGACCUGCUCAACAGUCUGCAGACACACGCCUGCAGGCUCUACGAUCCACAGGAAGGAGCUGUGGUGCUGCUACCAGCAGAGUCCCAGCAGCGAAUGGUGCAGCUGCUCUACUUUCUGCCCAAGAUGUCCCAGCCUCUUUUGGCCAAUCUAAGCUGCUGCUGCACCGCUGGACGAUUCUCUGCCGGCCUCGCUGCCUCUCUGAUUCGUAUCGUACACUUCCGGUCGUCUCUGAGCAGCUGGUCUGUGGGGAGCCAGGAAGCGGCCUUGCAGGACGUAGACUACAUCAGCUUCUUGUUCUCCACACUGACGGGCUUCUCGUCCGACAAGCUCGCCGCCCUGCAGGAGGAUGAGACCGCCGGGCCUCCCUCCCCUCUCUCACCUCUCAGCCUCUACCCCACCCUGCUGGAGCAGUUCACACACCACUGGGAUGUCGUCGAGGAAGUCUGCCACUGUCUGGAAACUCUGGGCUCAAAGUCUCAGUGCUUUGACAUCAUACAAAAUGGCAUUUGUAAAUACCUGACCAAGUUCGCGGUGGUGCCUGACAGUAUGGCGGCCGGGCUGCUCCGAGCUGUUUCCAGGUUACUGGACCUGUCCGUCCUGCCCAUCGAGCCCGUGCUGCGCUUCUUGUCUCAGUGCUGCCUCAGCCUGCUGGCUCUGCUCAUCACCCUGCAGCAGGAGUUACCUGCCGAGACCAACCACAAACGGGAGGCAAUAUGGGGUGCUUGUGUGUCAUCGUUGAGCACCGUUCCUCGCCUGCUGCGAAUGGUGCUGCAGUUGAUGCGCGUUGGUGAUCUGAGUGAGGAGGAGCUGCCGCAGCUCGGACAGAUCCUGUCGAUGCUGCUGCAGCACACGCCGCUCCACAACCAGCUGCUGGCCAACGCUGCUCUGCUGCAAGAGAUCAUACAACACCUCACGAGGUAUUCCCGGGGUCCGACCAGAGAGCAGUGGUUGACAGACCUGCUCUACUGUUACAGUGUCACCGUGGCUCACGGCUCCUCCGCUCGCCGUGGAAACAUGGGCCUUCGAGACAUGUACUGACCGACGCAUCCACCGGACAGGACCUGGUGUGUUGCUCCAUUCACCCUCUCAAACAUCUUACAGUGACUUUGACAAAACACUCACAGAGCACAAAGGUGAUGAGUACAUACAACAAAACCUUCAGACAGGAACACAGUGGAGUGAUGUGUUUUUUAUUGCAAAAACUCCACAUUCUUGUGUUAAGAGCUCCAGUUUUUUUCCGCUGUCUUUCGCCGCCUCUUUAUUGCUUCAUUCUUGGCCUGGUAAUUGUUUGUCUUCUUUUUGCCUCUUUGGAUAUUUGUUGUUGUUGCCAAACAUUCAGUGCUUACUGGGAUACCUAGCAACUUUCGAUUUAUAAAAACUAAACUAAAAAAAAAAAAAAAAAAAAAAAAAGCAAAAUAAAGUUGAA